CAAAUGCACUGCUUGAAAUAAGAAUUUUAAAUUUUAAACAUUUUAGAAAGUUGAUAUGAAUGAUAAGAGUUGCCGAUAAAAGGGAUGUUGAAAAUACAAGUCUCAUCCUGCCCAACCCCAGAGAUCCCACAAGGCAAACCCCCAAGUGGACAAACAAUUUUAAGGAGGUGCCAUAGAGUAUAAAUUCCCCAUGCUGACACAGUCAACUACAUUGCUUAGAGGUUCAUUCAUCUUACAGGUACUUUCUUUACAGACAAAAAAUGUCAGACAGCCAAGAAAUUGUGAUCGCAAGUAGCCCUGGAUUUGUCACAGAGCUUCUUCCAUCUGCUCAGCGUACCGCUCUGCUCUACCAUCUCUCCUAUCUCUGUUUGGCCAAGUUCCCCAAGUUGGAGAGGGUUCUCCGAGAGCGUGCUGUUGAAACUCAGCUUCUCUUUGGGUCCUCUGAGGCUCUUCUGAUGAAGUGUGUGGCCACAAGUAAAAACCUAGUUUCCACACUUCUGCCUGCGCUGAAGGUUGCCGUUGAAAAGGAUAAAAGCAUUUUGGCUAUUAAGUCCCUGGAAAAAGCCAGAGCAUGGAUCACUGAAAUUAUUGACAAAGUGGGACUGAUGGUAGACAGAUAUGAGAAACACAACCACAGUGUGGCUUCCUGCACCAGUGAUGUCAUUCUUGAAAAGGCUGAGACAGAGAGAAAAAAAGCACAAACUACUAAGGAGAUAGAGGCUCAGGAGAAGGCGGUGAGAGAUCUCGAAGAUCAACUGAAGAACAACAGUGAGAAAAUUGCACAAAUUGAGACAAAGAUUUCAGAGAAAAACCAAGAGCUGUAUAAUCAUGUCAAAGAGUCUUCUAGCAAAAGUAGUGGUCUGGGCAUCUUCUCUGCCCUUGUACCAUUUGUUGGACCCAUUGUUAAAUCAAUUUAUAAUGCUAAAACUGAACCUGAAGCAGCUGCAAAAACCCAGGUUCUGUCCAGCGAAUUGACUCAACUCUCCAUUGAGAAGUCAAGUCUGAUGGGAAAAGAGUGGAACAUCCAAGUCAGGAUGACGGAUAUGCAGCUGAAGUUGGCAAGCAUGAAAAUAGAAAAUGGUUCAAUACCCGACCCAGUCCACCUGAAUGACGUCCAAAAAUGCCUUUCCCGAAUCCAAAACAUUCUGAUUCAGCUUCAGAAGUGCUGGGAAUCAGUGAGUGUACAGCUGGAGGCUCUCAAAGACGAGACUUUUGCUAAUGAACACUUCAUCGAGGAGAGUGAAAUGAAGGAGAUCUUUCUGGAAUCUAUUACUUCAGCACAAGGGCAUUGGAAGGCCUUCGGUGAAUCCUGUCUACAUGCAAAAAGCAUCUUUAGCUUGCAGACUAAAGAUGCGUAUAAGUUCCUGGAGACCAGCCCAUCUGCACUGACACCAGAGCAAUGGAAAAAUGAGUAUGAAACUGUCAUAGAGGAACUGAACAAAAUAAAUCCUGAUCCCUUCAAUCCCGAAGCACCAGCUGCUAUUACUCAGUAAAGUUUAGUCUUUACAGUAUAAACAGAGUAUAAGCCUAUAUAAUGAUUCAGGCUUACUGCUUUAAAUAACACAUUUGUUAUUUUCUGUUUUAAUAAAACCUUUUAAUUUCAAAUGA